CGCUCGUUCUGUUGUGUUCUACCUACACCUGAGCUGGUGUAUUCUCAGGUGUUGACCUUUACAAAAAAUAUUAAGUAACUGUUAGAACAUUCGACAGAAGUGCGCGACUGCGUACGUCAUUUCUUACUUAAGUUCGUAAAAUUUAAAGAAAAUCCUAACACCUGUUAACAAUAUUUCGUUUUGGAAUUAAUUUUCGCGUUUAAAAGAAAGUUAGACAAUUUCCCUGGGUCAUUUAAGGAAACAAAAGAACAUAAUUUUACUAAAAUGAAGUCAUUCGUCUGGUUUUGUGUUGUGGUAGUGCUUUUAACGGUACAGGUGUGUGCAAAGGAUAAGGACAUGCUACGGAAAAGUAUAGUGUAUGAUAAAAAUACACCCGACGUAUUCUAUUGUCCUGUGCAAAAACCAAAAGGAUUCGAGAAAAUGAUCGUCAAGGCCAGACCUUUAAAAAAAUUAUGUGAAUAUGAAGGAAAAGGAGUGCCCGAGGGACAGAAGAGUGACUGUUACCAAGACGUUGACGAAACCGACUAUGCAUGCAAAGAAAAAUACAGAAUAAUGAUGAGACUCAGCCCCCCUGGUUCCGAAAAGCCUUACGACGGAGCAAGAUUAAAACGGUUCCUGAAUGUUGACAUGGAUUUCCUGAAGGAUUAUAACAAUAAAAAUGACAAAUUCGAUGUGAAAACUAUCUUUUUGCAAAACAGAUUGGGAUAGAAUCAAUCGAGAAAACCUAACACUUGUAACAAGACUUAUUUCUGCAAUUUUUGUGAUUAAUAUAUGUGAUCAAACCCUCACUUGUUACCUAACUAUUAAUUUAGAAUAACAUUUUACUAUUUUUUUUGUUUCGCACACGUUAAAAAAUCAUAUUUCUACGAACGUUGUAUUUUUUUUUGUAGAUAAACAAUUAUGUAUUAACUGAAAAAAAAAUAGGGAAAAUAUACCACUGAAAAC